GGUAGGGCGGUGAAAACCUCCGCGGCUUUCCAGUCUCCGAGCCCCAAGCCCCGUGUGUCCGCACACUGUGUUAACGGGGGUGACUGAGUGAGACCCUCGGGAGGGGUGGAGCGCGACGGUUCUGAGUUUCCGCCUCCGGCGCCGCAGGGCCAGGCGCUGGGGCCCAGGCGCUGGCCCCCGCGGCAGAGGCACUGGGCGCCCGGCGAGCCUAGUGGUUAGCGAUGCCGCUGCCGUGGUCGCUGCUGCUGCUGCUGCUGCUGUUGCUGGGAGCGCCGGCGGCUCCUUCUCCCGAGCGGGUUCCCGAGUGGCAGGAUAAAGGAAUAUUCGUUAUCCAAAGUGAGAGCCUCAAGAAAUGCAUUCAAGCAGGCAAAUCUGUACUGACCCUGGAGAACUGCAAACCACCAAACAAGUACAUGAUGUGGAAAUGGGUUUCCAACCACGGCCUCUUUAACAUCGGAGGCAGCGGUUGCCUGGGCCUGAAUUUAUCUGAUCCAGAGCAGCCAUUGAGUAUCUACGAGUGUGAUUCCAUCCACGUUUCCUUGAGGUGGCACUGUAACAGGAAGAUGAUCACUGGCCCGCUGCAGUACAUGGUGCAGGUGAAGCACAACACGCUGGUGGCCUCCUGGAAAAACCUUCAUAAGUGGAUUGCCUACAUGUCAGGCAGUGAAGGCAUUUGUGAAUAUCUGCACAGAGAUUUGUAUACACUCAAAGGGAACGCCCACGGGACACCAUGCAUGUUUCCCUUCCAGUAUAACCACCAGUGGCAUCACGAAUGCACCAGGGAAGGGCGGGAAGACAACUUACUGUGGUGUGCCACGACCAGCCGAUACGAAAGAGACGAAAAGUGGGGAUUUUGCCCAGAUCCCACAUCGGCAGAGAUGGGUUGCGAUGCUGUCUGGGAGAAGGAUCUCAAUUCACACAUUUGCUACCAAUUCAACCUGCUUUCUUCUCUCUCCUGGAGCGAGGCACAUGCAUCAUGCCAGAUGCAAGGUGGUGCUUUACUAAGUAUUGCAGAUGAGGCUGAAGAAAGUUUCAUAAGGAAGCACUUAAGGGGUGAAGCAGUGGAGGUGUGGAUGGGUCUGAACCAGCUGGAUGAACAUGCUGGCUGGCAGUGGUCCGACAGAACCCCGCUCAGCCAUCUGAACUGGAACCCAGAAAUAAGUUUUGAGCCAUUUGUUGAAUACCGCUGUGGGACAUUUAAUCCAUUUAUGCCAAAUGCCUGGAGAGUUCGGGACUGUGAGGCCACCUUACCUUACGUCUGUAAAAAAUACUUAAAUCACUCUGAUCAGGAAGUAGUGGAAAAAGAUGCUUGGAAAUACUAUGCUACCCACUGUGAGCCCGGCUGGAAUCCCCACAAUCAGAAUUGCUAUAAACUUCAGAAAGAAGGAAAGACCUGGAAUGAGGCUUUGCAUUCUUGCCAGUCUGAUAACAGUGCAUUGAUAGACAUAGCUUCGUUAGCAGAGGUGGAGUUUCUUGUAACCCUCCUUGGAGAUGAAAAUGCAUCCGAAACAUGGAUUGGUUUGAGCAGCAAUAAAACUCCAGUUUCCUUUGAAUGGUCUAAUGGCUCUUCAGUCACCUUUACUAACUGGCAUACACUUGAGCCCCAAAUUUUUCCAAAUAGAAGCCAGUUAUGUGUCUCAGCUGAGAAAUCUGAAGGACACUGGAAAGUUAGACAUUGUGAAGAGGCGCUUUCUUACAUUUGUGAGAAAGCAGGCCACGUGCUCUCCGACGCUGAAUCAGGCUGUCCAGAGGGAUGGGAGAGACAUAGUGGGUUCUGUUACAAAAUUGACACCGUACUUCGAAACUUUGACCACGCCGCCAGUGGUUAUUACUGUCCUCCUGCACUUGUGACCAUUACAAACAGGUUUGAACAGGCUUUUAUUACCAGUCUGAUCAGUAGUGUGGUAAAAACAAAGGACAGUUAUUUUUGGAUAGCUCUCCAAGACCAGAAUGACACAGGAGAAUACACCUGGAAGACAGCAGGGCAGAUGUCUGAGCCGGUGCGGUACACACACUGGAAUGCCCAUCAGCCUCGCUACAGUGGUGGCUGUGUUGUCAUGCGAGGAAGGAAUCCACCUGGCCGCUGGGAAGUGAAAGACUGUACGCACUUUAAAGCAAAGUCCCUGUGCAAGCAGCCAGUGGAAAGCCGGGAGAAAACUGAGCAUGAAGAGAGAUGGCCCUUUCACCCCUGCUAUUUAAGCUGGGAGUCAGAGCCGGGCCUGGCCAGCUGCUUCAAGGUAUUUCAUAGUGAAAAAGUACUGAUGAAAAGAACAUGGAGAGAAGCUGAAGCAUUUUGUGAAGAAUUUGGAGCUCAUCUUGCAAGCUUUGCCCAUAUCGAGGAAGAGAAUUUUGUGAAUGAGCUUUUACAUUCAAAAUUUAAUCGGACAGAGGAAAGGCAGUUCUGGAUCGGUUUCAAUAAAAGAAAUCCCCUGAACGCUGGCUCUUGGGAGUGGUCCGAUGGAACCCCUGUUGUCUCUUCAUUUUUAGACAAUACUUAUUUUGGAGAUAAUACAAGAAAUUGUGCUGUUUAUAAAGCAAAUAAAACAUUGCUGCCCUCGCACUGUGGUUCCAAGCGUGAAUGGAUAUGCAAAAUUCCAAGAGAUGUGAAACCCAAGAUUCCCGCCUGGUACCAGUACGAUGAACCCUGGCUCUUUUAUCAGGACGCAGAGUACCUUUUCCAUACCUAUGCCUCUGAAUGGUCCGCCUUUGAGUUUAUCUGUAGCUGGCUGGGCGGUGCUCUCCUCACAAUUCAUUCUGCACAUGAGCAAGAAUUCAUCCUCAGCAAAAUAAGAGUGCUGUCAAAGUAUGGUGUAAAUUGGUGGAUUGGACUUCAAGAAGAAAGAGCCAAUGGUGAACUUCGCUGGAGAGAUGGAGCACCAGUAAUAUAUCAGAACUGGGACAAAGGAAGAGAAGGGCCUAAGAAUAACCACAGCCAGAGAUGUGGCUUCAUUUCAUCCAUAACAGGACUCUGGGCCACUGAAGAGUGUUCAGUUUCUAUGCCCAGCAUCUGUAAGCGAAAGAGGUUUUGGCCCGUAGAGAAAGAGAAAGAUACACCAAAGCAGCACGGAAUGUGUCCCAAAGGAUGGCUGUAUUUUAACUAUAAGUGCCUUUUGGUGAAAAUCCCCAAAGGCCCAAGUGGUUUGAAGAACUGGACGUCUGCUCAAGAUUUCUGUGUCGAAGAAGGGGGGACACUGGUCACCAUUGAAAACGAGGUGGAGCAAGCUUUCAUUACUAUGAAUCUUUAUGGACAGACCACUGAUGUGUGGAUAGGGCUACAAAAUGAUGAUUAUGAAAAAUGGCUAAGUGGAAAGCCUGUGGCAUAUUCUAACUGGUCUCCAUUUGAUAUAAUAAAUAUUCCAAGUCAUAACACCACCGAAGUUCAAAAGCACAUUCCUCUCUGUGCUUUGCUGUCAAGUAAUACUAAUUUUCAUUUCACUGGAAAAUGGUAUUUUGAAGACUGUGGAAAAGAAGGUUAUGGGUUUGUUUGUGAGAAAAUGCAGGAUACUUCUGGACAUGGUGUAAAUACAUCUGAUAUGUACCCAAUCCCCAACACCUUGGACUAUGGAAACAGAACUUACAAAAUAAUCAGUGCAAAUAUGACUUGGUACACAGCAAUAAGAGCCUGCCUGCUGCAUGGAGCAGAACUGGUCAGCAUUACAGAUCAGUAUCACCAGUCCUUCCUCACUGUCAUCCUCAGCCGGCUAGGACAUGCCCACUGGAUUGGACUCUUCACUGCAGAUAAUGGUCUCAGUUUUGACUGGUCAGAUGGCACCAAAUCCUCCUUCACUUUUUGGAAAGAGGAUGAGUCAUCCUUGCUGGGUGACUGUGUUUUUGCUGACACCAAUGGGUGCUGGAGUAGCACAGCCUGUGAGACAUUUCUGCAAGGAGCCAUUUGUCAUGUACCUACUGAAACAAGACCAUUUGGACACCCAGAGCUGUGCUCUGAAACAUCUAUUCCUUGGAUAAAAUUCAAAAGUAAUUGCUACAGUUUUUCUACAGUCCUAGACAGUAUGAGUUUUGAAGCUGCUCAUGAAUUUUGCAAAAAGGAAGGAUCGAAUCUUUUGACAAUCAAGGAUGAGGCUGAAAAUUCAUUUCUCCUAGAAGAGCUUUCUGCUUUUGUUUCUUCUGUCCGGAUGGUUUGGUUGAAUGCUCAGUUUGAUGAUGACAAUAAAACCAUGAAGUGGUUUGAUGGAACUCCCACAGACCAGUCAAACUGGGGCAUUCGGAAGCCAGAGAUGGACCACAUCAAACCUCAUCUGUGUGUUGCCCUGAGGAUCCCUGAAGGAGUGUGGCAGUUAUCCCCAUGUCAAGAGAAAAAAGGAUUUAUAUGUAAACUGGAGGCAGAUAUUCACGUGGCAAAGGAACAUCCAGGAAAAGGACCAAGUCACAGCAUCGUACCAUUGGCAGUAGCGCUGACACUGAUAGCAAUUCUGGCCAUUUCCACACUUGCCUUCUGCAUAAACAAGCACAGCAGUGGUGCCUUCAGGAGGCUCGUGGAGUUUCGGAAUCCUUACUAUCCCACAACCAACUUCAGUGCAGUACAUUUGGAAGAAAAUAUUCUCAUUUCAGAUCUUGAGAACAAUGACCAACAGUAAUGAAGCCAGAGAAAGCCACAGUCAUGAGGACGAGUAAAGAAGACCACAAGGAGAGCCUCAUCUGUAUUUUUCUUUACACACCAGAUGCCAUUAUACUGUGAAUUGUAACCACAUUAGAUGGGUGUUGAUUUAUUCAUUUCCCGCAACUGUGAUCUAUUCUUUCAAAGGGGAAAUUACACAAUGGUUAUUAUUCUGAAAACAAGAACUAUUAAAAGAAACUCCCUCUCAAAAACUCUCAAACCAAUGUUAAUAACAGUUUUUGCAUUACUAUGUUUCUACCAAGUAUUUUGGGGGGAAUUUUAGAACUCAGCUAUUUAGACAUUUACCCACUUUCAUUCCAUGAAAAGAGAGGAUGUAAAACUGUAAACUUAUAUGUGAUAGGAAAAGGAAAAACCUCCUGUGAGGUUUCUUCUCUGUUUUUAAUGCAAUCUUUUUAAUUCAAUCAGUUUUAACAGCAGGGUUUGGAAAAUACUGAUUUCUAAGCUUAAAAGUGACAGGUUCUGGGCUCUAAACUAAUAUUUAGGGUGGCUCAUUUUUAUUACUUCUGAUUUCUCAAACUAAAAGAAAAGAAAAUUUACUUUUCUUUAAAUAGUAAAAUCUUGGUUAGCAGCAUGCUUUCAUAAACAACCACACAAUGUGGCCCAAAAUAUUCCAUUAUUAAAUGAUGACUAAGUUUGAUAGUUAAAAAUAUCUUAGAGAUAAGCUUAAAAGAAAUUUAUUGAGAUCUUAAUCCUGUUAAAACUCAUGGGUUUUAUUAAAAACUAAAGGUAUAAAAUAAUAUUUAACACUCCUAACAACCAAAAAAAAAUGUAGAAUGUAACUUGAAUUUAAAGGGGAAAAAUUGAAGAUCUGAAUUAUAGUUCCAUUAGAACCAGACUCAAGAAUAUGUUGAGCAGCACUAAGUAAUCUCCAGCAGUAAUUUAGAGCCCUUUGCUAUUUAAGGGAGUUUAUUUGGAGUGUUCUGUUUAGUAAACUGUGGUUCCAGGGAACCAACUCCAUUGUGUCGAACUAGUAAGUGCAGUGGGUAAAUAAUGAUUAAAAGCAUGCUACCGUCUGUAAAUUUAAAAUGACCGAUUUUAUCUUCCUUCCUUAACUUAUUAUAAAGAAACAUGACUUCACCAUCAAUAUUUAAGGGUUUCCUCAGUCCAUAAAUGUUUAUUGAAUUCCUAUUAAGAACCAAGUGCCAUUCUACAAACUGGAGAUACUGGGGUAAGCAGGUCCAUGAGAUCUCUGUUUUCAGGGCACUUCUUUUUUAAUGAAGGAAAAUGGGCAGUAAACCAGUAAAGAAAUGCAGGAGCAGAAAAUAUCAAUUGGUUAUGAAUAUUAAGUAAGGUCCCAGGAUCGAGAAAAACUGGGGGUUAUCAGGGUCUCCCUAGAGUGUGCAUUUUAGUUAUUACAACCAACUGCCUCAAAGCUGGUGGCCACUAGUCACAAGGUGGAGCUCCGGGAGAAGGUAUGAGUACGUUUCUCAGUGGCAAACCAUCAUCAUUAGAACUACAAUCUGAAGAGCAUGCCCUCAGAAUGAAGUCCCCAUAGCUUGAAACAGUAAAUACAGCUUCCCAAAGCAGCUCUUUGCUACUGUUGUGUGUGUAGUUUACACACUGGAACAAUCAGCUUCCAUAUUUUUUGUAAGUUUGAAGACUUUAUUUUUUUUAAGAUAUUAUAUUAUGUGACAGUUGUAUAUUUAUGACUCAAAAGAAUGAUUGGCUUGAACUAACCAGAUAGUAUAAAAGCCCAAUUUAACAAUCUAUCAGGUGAAAUUAGAGUUCUGUUCUGGUCUUUUCAGUGGACUUGGUAAAAAAAAAAAAAAAAAAAAAAAAAAGCUAAUCAAUUAUCCUUCCAGUCAAGCUAUGUUGAAGUGGAAUAGUCACACAUAACAACUUGGCCAAGUAUGUCAUUCAUAAACUGGUUCUGCAGAAAGAAACUGUACUGCUUGUCAAUGCUCUGUACUUUGAUACUGAACCACAUCUCCAGAGACUCUGUCCCUAUGGACAGACCAUGCAGUCCUUCACAAUACUGCAAGUUCAGAAAUAGAGAGUACUGAAGUAGUCUGUUUUAUUCAUAUAUGUGCACUUUAAUAAACAUUUUUCCAUAUCUAUUUUUAAUCUGAACUUGAUUUCACAGCUGAAGCCUGAAAAGAAAAAAGUAGCAGGGUUACAAACACUUUAUGCAUAAUUAAUGUGCCCCCUCCAAAGAAAAAUCAGUUAUUUUCUAAGACUCUAGGUAAUGGAAAAUCUUGGAUUUUUCUUGUUAAGUCCAAUGGCUCUUCCCAUCCCAGCAGUCUUCUUGCAGUUUAAAUGUUUCUUCUAUUGAAAGGUCCCAUCCCUAUCAAGCAUGGAUUAGAUGGUGUCUUUAGAUAAAGGUCCAGUCUUUUGGAGUUUCCUUUCCCUCCUCGAAACGCUGGAUGGAUAUAUGAGAAUUUGGUGUGUCCUUGCGGUACUGGGGGGAGAAGAUGAUAACUGACUGUGGAUGUGUGUUACCUGGUGUCCACUGAAGGUAGUUGUUUGGCCCCACUCUUGGGAAUUCUGCUGGAAUCUGCCAUGAAGUCUAUACUUGGUGCAACCUGUAGUCUAUUCUCUUUGAUUUGGCCCCAUCCCGCCUCUCUCUGGCACCACCUAAUCCCAGGAGAAUUGGUUGUGACUCCUAUUCAAUUCCCUACCUGGACAUUGCAAUUCUUGGCUACAAGGCUACUUCAUCCCUGCAGUAGUGAGACCCUGUCCAGCACCAUCUGCUAUUCUGUUAGUCAGGGGAGGCUACCUGCUGUAGCAAACAAUCCCAAAGUCUUGGUGGUUUAACAAGCAAAGGUUCAUUCCUCCUCCACACCGAAGUGAGCUUGUAGGGGGACUUGGUUUUAUUCAGUUAUUGGCAAGUCCCAGUUCUUCCCUAGUCAGGCCUCCAUCUCCUAAAGCCUUGGAGUCUUCCAGUGGGUCUCCUGCCUCUGAAGAAGUUAACUUGGAUACGUGUUUGAUUAAUUAUGUAGCUAAGUCUUCAAACUGAGGACACAUACCCUGAAGGUGCAUAAAGAUUUCCAAGGGACAGAGGGGCAUGGGUAUUUUUAAGGAGCUUAGUUUCCAGAAUCUUUAACCUUCAUACAACCUUUCUUAGGAUUGGUUGCAUGAGAACACCCUGAGAUUAUGGUGUCAUACUGAUUCUUAGUUCCUACAUCUCUUGGCACAAAUGCUUGUCUUUAGCUUUAAAAAAUGACAUGGCUUUUACUCCAAAUCUUACUGUGAUCCUUCACUUUGGGGAAGCCUCCCUGGCACCAAAGAAAAAUGUUCAAAGUAAAGAUGUCAGUGCAGCAUCUUCUAAUACAGGAUUUAUAAGCCCAGUGCACGGCCUCAUGUGUUCCCUGUGUCCAUACAUUUUUCUGUUAAGAGUGAAGUGUUGAGUUAGCAAUUCCAUGUUGGGAUAUUCUAAGUUAAUAUGCAUUGUAUAGUGGAACAUCAGAGAUGAUAACCACCUUGUUUAAGACUUUCUUUCAUCCAGCCCCUGGAAAGAAAAUCUGGUGAAAGUAAGGAGAGUGUAGAUAUUGAUAAAAAUCUGAUGUCGUAACUUUAUCCUGGUAAAAAGCUCAUGGCAGAGCUCUUAGAUUUAUCUAUCUUAGAUUUCUAAGGAUGAGUAAUAGCAUACUUGUUGAGUUGAAAAAUAAAAUCAGACUUUUUCUGAACAUUGUCUUAUUGGGCUCACGGUUUUGACAAUGAAAACUGGCCUUACCAAUUAAGUUUUUAUGAUGAAUAUUUUUCAUUAGUUGAAUAAACUAAAUUUGCAACUCUA